CAAAUUACUUUUGCUGAAGCUGCCAAAAAACUUUCCGCCAGCUCCUUCCACUCUACAGCCGCAGCUGUUUUGAAGAAUCCUUGUGAGGAUCAUGUAUGUGGAUGGGGAAAAGAAUGUGUCGUUGGCAAAAAAGGAGAGCCUCAUUGUGAAUGCAUCAACAAAUGCCCCGAGCUCGACGGCGAUCCAAUGGACAAGGUAUGCGCCAACAACAACGAGACUUUCACCUCUCUUUGUGACUUGUACCGUGAACGUUGUCUGUGUAAGAAAGGGUCAAAGAAGUGCGAAAAGAAGUCCCAUGCUAAGGUCCAUCUGGAAUAUCUCGGUGAAUGCAAACAGCUCGAGGAAUGCACGGAUGAGCUCAUGGCUCAGUUCCCUGAACGUAUGGCCGAUUGGCUCUUCCAGGUGAUGAAAGAGCUGAAGAAACGCCGUGAACUGCACAAGCUUGAGUGGGAGGAACUGAUUCAGGAGGCUGAGAUGGAUGAUGAGAAGAGACACGUCUACCCAGUUAUCUGGAAGUUCUGUGACUUGGAUAUCAAGCCCCAUGACAAGGUUGUCACCCACCACGAACUCAUCCCAAUCACUGCACCAGUAAUUCCUAUGGAAUCAUGCAUCAAGCCUUUCUUGGAAGGUUGCGAUACCGACAAUGACGGAACCAUCUCGAUCCGUGAAUGGGGAAAAUGCCUAGGAUUGAAGGACGGUGAAAUCCAGGAACGUUGUUAG